UCGCGCUGCGCAGGCGCGGACUCUCCUUGUCAGUCGGCGCCUCGUGCGGGCGGUAGCUCAGCAGCAGCGGCGGCUCGUCUUCAGCACCAUGAGUAGCUUCAACAGCGAGGAGCGCGCCGCGCCCUUCACCCUGGAGUACCGCGUCUUCCUCAAAAAUGAAAAAGGGCAGUAUAUAUCUCCAUUUCAUGAUAUUCCAAUUUAUGCAGAUAAGGAUGUGUUCCACAUGGUUGUUGAAGUUCCACGUUGGUCCAAUGCAAAAAUGGAGAUUGCUACCAAGGACCCUUUAAAUCCAAUUAAGCAAGAUGUUAAAAAAGGAAAACUGCGUUAUGUUGCAAAUUUGUUCCCAUAUAAAGGAUAUAUCUGGAAUUAUGGUGCCAUUCCUCAGACAUGGGAAGACCCAGGACACAAUGACAAACAUACUGGGUGCUGUGGUGACAAUGACCCAAUUGAUGUUUGUGAAAUUGGAAGCAAGGUAUGUGCAAGAGGUGAGAUAAUCAGAGUGAAAGUUCUGGGCAUAUUGGCUAUGAUCGAUGAAGGAGAAACCGACUGGAAAGUCAUUGCCAUUAAUGUGGAUGAUCCUGAUGCAGCCAAUUACAAUGAUAUUAGUGAUGUUGAACGGCUGAAACCUGGGUACCUAGAAGCUACUGUGGACUGGUUUAGAAGGUACAAGGUUCCUGAUGGAAAACCAGAAAAUGAGUUUGCUUUCAAUGCAGAAUUUAAAGAUAAGGAAUUUGCAGUUGAUAUUAUUAAAAGCACUCAUGACUAUUGGAAAGCAUUAGUGACUAAGAAAACAGAUGGAAAAGGAAUCAGUUGCAUGAAUACAACCGUAUCUGACAGCCCCUUCAAGUGUGAUCCUGAUGCUGCCAAGGCCAUUGUGGAUGCUUUACCACCACCAUGUGAAUCUGCCUGCACAGUACCCACAGAUGUGGAUAAGUGGUUCCAUCACCAGAAGAACUGAUACAAUUUCUCUGGAGUACAAACUGAUUUUCUGUAUCCUAUUCAUCUGCAAGUAUUAGGAGCAAAAGUGGUAGCUUUUCAAAGCUUUAAAUUUAUAGACUCAUCUGACUAAUGCAAAUUAUGCUGUGAAUCUAUUCAGAAUGUUCUGUCUGGAGGCAUUUUACAUAAGUCAACUGAAGUUAACUAUAGUACAUCUUAGCUGUGGGGGAGCAGUGGUGGUUUGGGAGUCAUUUGUGAACAGAUGUGCAGUAUGAACACUGGUGGGGCCUAAGUACGUGUGUGCCAUGUGUUAGGAAAUAAAGUUAUUUUGCUGAAA